UACUAGAUAACACAAUGCUGUUAGAUAACAUUAAUGUAUAAAUUAGCAGCACUAACGAAACAAUAGCUGGAGUGAUGUCGUCAUCAAAAUCAUUGUUGCAAACAUAUUUAACAAUCUUCAUAGUUGUGGCAGCAUAUUGGAUAGUCUCAAUACUGACUGUUUUUGUCAACAAAGCAUUAUUAAGUGAUAUUGAUUUGGAUGCUCCCUUGUUUAUUGCAUUUUACCAGACUGUGAUAACUGCUUUAAUAUGCUUCUUAAUAAAGAAUUUCAGUAGUAUGUUUACAGAAUGGCAAUUUCCAGAGACAAAGGUAUUUUAUUGGCAGACCAUCAGAGAUGUACUUCCACUUACUAUUAUGUUUACUACAAUGAUUGUGGCUAACAAUUUGUGUCUCAAGUAUGUAUCAGUUGCAUUUUACUACAUUGGUAGAUCACUAACAACAAUAUUUAAUGUUGUGUUCACCUAUUUAAUACUAAAUGAUACUACAUCAAAGAAGUGCCUCUUAUGCUGCUUCUUUAUAGUAUUUGGAUUUUUACUUGGAGUUGAUCAGGAAAACCUAGCAGGUUCUCUAUCAGUGACUGGGACAAUUUUUGGCAUAGUAGGCUCUCUUUCAUUGUCAUUAUAUUCUAUCUUCACCAAGAAAGUACUUCCAAAAGUUAAUCAAGAAGUGUGGUUACUAUCAUACUACAAUAAUAUUUAUGCUAGUAUUAUAUUGUACUUUAUAAUAUUAUUUAAUGGUGAAAUUAGUGAGGUAUUGAAAUAUGACAAGCUUCUUCAACCAAUGUUUUGGAUUAUUAUGACAGUUGGAGGAGUGUGUGGAUUUUCUAUAGGAUUUUUGACUUCACUUCAAAUUAAGGUUACAUCAGCACUCACUCAUAAUAUAUCUGGAACUGCAAAAGCCUGUGCACAGACAAUUUUGGCAACAUUUUGGUACAAUGAACAUAAGUCUUUUAUGUGGUGGCUGUCGAACUUUGUAAUAUUGUUUAGUAGCGCCGGAUAUGCACGCAUUAAACAAGUUGACAUGGAAAAGAAACAUCGUGAAAGUCCGUCAUAUACCAAAGUAUAAUUUAACAAAAUUCUUUUGACAAACUAUAUAACGGUAUACAUAUAUAGCUGUUUUAUAGUAUAUAAAUAUUACAUUUUAUUAAAUUGUAUUAUAACAAUUAAAUAAGUUAUUAUUAUAUUAAGAAACGUGAACAACAUGGCAUAAUUCAAGUCGAAAAAACCUGCUGCUGUAAAUCUAAUGUUUGAUGCAGUUUGUCGCAUCAAAGUAUUGAGUUUGUUAAUUAGAACUGGAUACUUUGAGUAUCUAUAAAAUACUUUCUUCAAUAAAAUAUUCAUUAUA